AUCAUAUUUACAAUGUCAAAAUAUCUCAGUGGUUCAGCAAAAAGGAAAAUGAGAAUAAAAAAAGAUGAAGAAAUAAAGAAGUUGAGAGGUUCAUUAAAUAUGUUUGUAGUAAAAAACAAUUUGGAUAAUGCUGUUGACAAGUGUGCCAAAAAUGUAAUUAUUAAAACAAAUAAAAAUACUGAUGUGGAAUCGUCUGGGACUUGUGAUGAUACUGAGCCAGACAUAUUUGAUAAUCAAGUCGAUAACUUUUCCACCAACUUAAUUAGUAAAAUAAAUGAAAAUACUGAUUUGGAAUCGUCUGUGACUUGUGAUGAUACUGAGCCAGACAUAUUUGAUAAACCAGGUGAAAAUGAAAAUAAUGAAGUAGAAUCGUCUGACACUUGUGAUGUUACUGAGUCAGGCAUAUUUGAUAAACCAGGUUUAGAUUUAACAAAUGAUUAUCCAACUGACCGUGGACAUUUUAAAGAGUUUGAUACUGUAAAAUCUGAUUUGAAGAGAAGUAUUUUAUUGCAUGGACCAUGUAAACCAACCAACAUAGAAUUUCCCUAUAGCCCUGAUGGAAAAGGCAUCCUUAGACGUUUUUCAGCACAGUUUUAUCACAAAACUACAAAUACAGGACUAUGUAUACCCAGAAUAUGGUUAUGCUAUUCAGUCAUUUUAGAUUGUGCAUACUGUGAAGUAUGUUGGCUUUUCGCUGAUAGGCAAAAUAGAAAUUUUAAAAUAAAUUGGAUAUUAGGAAUUAAUGAUUGGCACCAUAUUGGAGAAAAAAUUGGAGCACAUGAAAUUUCUCAACAACAUAUUCAAGCCACUGAAGUCCGAGUACGCUGGUUAAAAAACGAAACUAUAGACAAACAUAUGGAAGAUAAAAUUAUUAAAGAAGCUAGUUUUUGGAGAAAUGUUUUAAUUAGAUUAGUCAAAAUUAUUUUAUUUUUAACUGCGGGGAAUACUGCUCUCCGAGGAAACGAAAACAGUAAAACUAAAAUAAAUAAUACAGAAGGAAACUUUAUCAGGACUGUAAGGCUAAUGGCAGAUUUUGAUCCUGUUUUAAAUAAUCUAUUGAAUAAUGAAAAUAAUAAAAUAAAAUACCUGAGUUGGAAAAUUCAAAAUGAAUUAAUUCAUUUAUUAUCCUCAGAAGUAUUAAAUAUAUUAGCAAACGAAGUAAAAAGAUCUAAAUAUUAUUCAAUAAUAGUAGAUUCGACACAAGAUAUAACAAAAAUUGAUCAAUUGAGUGUUAUACUGCGUUAUGUUGUUUUAAACUAUGAAACAAAAUCAUUUGAAGUAAAAGAAUCUUUUUUUGGGUUUUUUGAAUUAGAGAACCAUGGCUCAAAGGAUUAUGAAAAUCUUAUUUAUGAUGUGUUGAAAAAGUACAAUUUAGACAUCCAAAAUUGUCGUGGCCAGGGUUAUGAUGGUGCAGCAGUAAUGAGUGGAGCUUAUUCAGGAGUGCAACAAAGAAUAUCUUCUACCGUGUCGAAUGCACAUUAUGUACAUUGCUGCGCACAUAACCUUAACUUGGUGAUUUGUGAUGCAGCCAAAUCGACGCAAGUUGCAACUAACUUUUUUACAACAUUACAAACUAUAUUCAAUUUUUUUAGUUCUAGUUGUCCUAGAUGGGCAUCACUUGCAUUUGGUGAUGACACUGCCAAAACAAUUAGACUUAAAGUAUUAAAAAAAGUUUGUCCUACUCGCUGGGAGGCUAGGCAUUCAUCAGUAUCAGCAUUAAAACAAAGGUAUAUAGAAGUUAUAAAAUCAUUAACAUAUAUGAGUUUAUCAAGUAGUAAAGUAGAUGAAAAACAUAUGGCAAUUUCAAUUAAAAAAAAAAUAGAAUCUUUUGAAUUUUUACUUAUGUUAUGUUUGUGGGAACGAGUAUUGCGUCCUUUGCAUGGUAUCUCUAAACUUUUGCAGAAGCAAGACAUUGACCUCCAGAAAGCAUUAGAUAGAUUGACUGAUGCCUAUACUUGUAUGCAGCAACUAAGGAAUGACUAUUGUAGUGUAGUUGAAAAUGCAAGCAACCUGGCAAUUAAAUGGGGUAUUCCAACUGAUGACAAAGUGGUUCGCCAAAAAAAAGCAAGGUUGUUUUUUGAUGAAGUAGAUGGUGACAGACGAAUGAAUAUCACACAAGAUAAUUUUAAAAUAAAAGUAUUUUUACCAGUUGUUGACACAAUAAUAUGUCAACUUAAAGAUCGAUUUAAAGGUUUACAUAACGUUUGUAGUAUUUUCAAUUUUUUGAAACCUCAAACACUUUUAGGACCAGAUGAAAUUACUAUUAAAGGAUCAUAUGACUUUAUUCAAAUGUAUCAAUCAGAUAUAAGUUCUGAUUUAACAAGUCAACUGCUAUCAAUCAAAGAAAUUAUAAAAAAUAAAAAUUUGAAUAGUAUCCAAGCACUGGCCUCAUUUAUUCUCGAAAACGACUUUGCUACAAGUUACUCUGAUGUAUUAGGAGCAUGUAUAAUUUAUUUGACAUUGCCAGUAACGGUUGCAACAGCAGAAAGGUCUUUUUCAAAACUUAAAAUAAUAAAAAGCUAUUUAAGGAAUUCAACUGGACAAGAACGACUGUCCAAUAUUUCAGUUUUAAAUAUCGAACAGCGUCGUACAAAAGAAAUUGAUAUGGACAAAAUAUUAACAAAUUUUUCAAAUAUGAAAGCAAGAAAAAUGAAAUUUGAUUAAGUAUGAAUUAAUAUAUUGUUAAGUUUAUUAAAAUUAUUUAAAUAUAUAACAUAAAAUAUAUAAAUACAGAUAUCAUUUCCACAGAAACAUAGAAUACAAUAGUUUUACAAAAUAAUAAUCAUUUAUCAUACCUUUUAAUUUUAUCAAAAAAAAA